AUGUCCGGGAUUCAUGCGUCUCCAGUUGGAUACUCCCUGCGCCGGAACGGCUCAUGUUUCGCCACCGAAACCGACUGCGGUAUAACAUGGUUCUUCUACCACGCAUGCUGUCCCAAGGGCACAACGUGCGCUUCCGACGUCAGCGUCAACUGCUGCUGCCCUGAAGCCAAAUCACUGCGGAUACACGACGGCUGUCUUCGGAAACGACGCUUUGCCUGGAUUGAAUACGGAUACGUGAGCUGUACCGACGAUGUCAGUGCUUUGGCCGCCGAGGUUAGCCUCGUGCCCUCCCUUUCACCGGCGCAAAGCAGUCCCGGUGCCUCACGAUGUUCAAGCACUAUCACAACCUCGGGACGCAACUGCCACGUCACUGAUGCCUACGACGACAUCCGCCUCAACCACAUCGUUAUCUGGAUCUCAGAGUACAUUCACACCAACAUCUGUUCCAAGUACUGACUCUUCGAGGAUGUCCCCGCAAGUUAGCACCGGUGCAAUCGCAGGUGGGGUCGUAGGUGGUGUUGCCGGCCUCGCGAAUCUGAAUUUUGUUCUAUCGUCGAGGCCCGCCUAUACGCUCGGACAGACAAUCACCGAAUCAAUCCAUGCCGUACUGCCCACCGGCAGCGAAAGGAUAUCGGCCCAGUGAGUUACAUGCUGAACAGAGUCCGCCCAUGUACGAAUUAGCCACUAGCAUGCGAACCACUCCAAAGUGACUACUGUGACAACUCAU